AUGAAGAUCUUUUAUUACCUCCUCCAUUUCCUGUGUUACGUGACCUUCAUUCUACCAGCCACAUGUACCUUGGUGGAUCCUGAUAAGUGCUCAAAAUCUUAUGGUCACUGUAGGAAACGCUGUUUAAAACAGGAAAAACAAAUUGAUAUAUGUUUCUCACCAAGUAAAAUUUGCUGCAUUGAAAGGGCGUUUGAAAAAUGA